AUGUUUCGUUACGCUUUCGUUCUGUUCGUAUUGUGUGUUACCGCACAAGCGAAACCAGAGAAUCAGAAGCGAUCAGCGUCACCUCAUAUACCGAUAAGGCACAGUUAUUCGGAGUAUCAAAAUAAUGUGGCCAUACCAAUACCACAGCCGGUGCCAGUGAGUGUGCCAAGGCCAGUGCCGGUUGGUGUCCCAGUCGCUGUGCCAGUGGAUAAUCCACGCCCAGUUCCAGUAUCAGUUCCACAACCUGUGGCCCAAGUUAUUGCAAGGCCGGUGGCUGUACCGGUGGAUCGUCCUGUGGCAGUUCCAGUUUCUCAGCCCGUUCCAGUAACUGUGACCCAAGGUGUAGGUAUCCCAGUACCACAGCCAUAUGCUGUCAGCGUGCCAGCGCCGGUCCCAGUGGGAGUACCACAACCAGUUGCAGUCCCAGUUGUGGCACAAGCUGUUGGAAUUGGAUUAGCUGGUUCAGGAAUUGGAAUUGGUGGAAUUUCUGGAGUAGGUCUUGGUGGUUUGUCGUCUGGCAUAUCCAUCGGGGGUUUAUCGUCCGGUAUAGGUGUUAGUGGAAUAUCUUCGGGUGUAGCUUUAGGUGGAUAUUCUUCUAGCAUUGCUCAUGGUAUUGGUACUAGGAUAUUGGCUCCAGUAUCCAUUUCUCAUCCAAUAAUAACGUCUGGUUCAGGAUAUGCAUCAGGUUACGGUGGCGGAUACAUAUCUAGCGGUCAUUAUGGCCACCAUUAUAAUGAAUCUAGUCUCUCAAGAAAAUAUUUGACUUGA